AUGUUAACAAAUAUGACAUGUAUAAAUAUUCCAUUAGCAAGUUUAUCAUCUCGAAGUGAUGAUAAAUUUAUUCAAUUAAAAAUGUUUGCAUCACCACAAUUUAUGUCAAAUCAUUCAACAACAUGUGGAAAAUUUGAUAUACGAUCUACUUUUACAGUCUAUGCUAAAUCAGUAAAUGCUAUAAUUGAUAAUUUUUGUUCAAUUUUACAAGCACAUCCAAUGAUUUUAAUCUAUUUAAAUGAUUAUAAAAAUGAAAAUCAUGCAUCACCUGCUGCUUAUAUAUUUUUUCUUAAAUUAUUUACAUAUUUACAAUAUCCAAUGUUAACAUUUCAUUAUUUUCAUCCAUUUCAUCCUGAAUAUUUGCCAAGUCUUCGAUUCUUUCAAUUAGCACCUACAUAUAGAGAAGAAGCACGAGCUUUAAUAUCAUUAAUGGAACGAUAUGAUUGGAAUACAUUUUCAUUGAUUAUUGAAUCACGUUUACCUGGUGAAGAAGAACUUAUAGCUGAAUUUGAAGAACAUGGAAAUGAGCAGCGAAAUUGUAAAAAAACUUCAUGUGAUCGUACUCAUCUCAAAGGACAAAAGAAAUUAACUAUACUUUCGAAAAUUGAUAUGAAAAGUAACAAUCCAUUUCAUAUAAGACAACAAUUAUCAUUAAUGAAUGCUGAAACACGUGUUAUUAUUGUACAUACAACAUCAACAUUAGCAUCAUUAAUCGUUAAACAAGCAAGUAAUAUGAGUCUUACUGGCUCAGAAUAUAUGUGGAUUAUGUCAUCUAUUGUACUUUCAACAUAUAGUGCGGGAAGUGAACCAAAAAUGAAUCCAUAUGAUAAACCAAAUCGACGAAAAGUAGAUUUCUUUGCUGGAACAUUAGCAUUAUAUAAUGAUGUAACUCGAGAUACUGUUCUUAAUCGUUUUGAUAAAGAUAUUGGACCUAUUUUAAUAAAUAUUUUUUCUAAAAUUAUACAUAUUGAUGAAAUAAAACAAUGGAAUGAAAAUUUAACAACACCUAAACGUUUUCUAACUCGUGAUCAUUCAUUAUGUAGACGAUUAUUUGCUGAUAACAAAUCACUUAAUCAAACAUUUUUAAAACAUUCAUAUCCUAAUCUUUAUAAUUUAUUAAAAGAUGAAUUUAAACGUGCAUAUGGAGUUUUUCAACAAGAUGGAUUAGCUGUUGCAGCUAAUUAUUCUGUAUUAAAUUAUCAAACACCAGAUAAAGAAUGGAAAACAGUUGGUCAAUAUGUAAAUAGUACACUUACAAUAGCUGAUAUACAAUGGCCAGGCGAACGUUCAAAACCUCCACCAGGAAAACCUGUUAUUUAUUAUUUGAAAGUAGUUACACUUGAAGAACCUCCAUUUGUUAUGCUUAAAGAUCCAUCUCCUGCUGGAAAAUGUCAAGCAGGUUCAGUUAUUUGUCGUAUUGGUCCAGAAAAUUCAGGUGCUAAUCAUAGUGAUCCACAACAUUAUCAAUGUUGUUCAGGAUUUUAUAUUGAUAUAUUUAAUGUACUUAAAGAACGACUUAAAUUUGAAUUUGAACUUUAUCAAGUUUUUGAUCGAACAUGGGGUGCACGAAAUCCAACAACGAAUAAAUGGAAUGGUCUUAUAGCUGAACUUCUUGAAAAUCGAGCUGAUUUAACAUUAACGUCAUUGAAAGUAACUACUGAACGAAAUUUAGCUGUUGAUUUUAGUGUUCCACUUAUGGAAACUGGUAUUGCUUUAAUUGUAUCUUUAAGACAAGGUGAUAUUUCAACUACAGCAUUUCUCAAACCCUAUGAUUAUCGAAUAUGGAUUCUUAUUUUAUUAGUAACACUUCACGGUGUUGCAAUAAUGGUUUUUUUAUUUGAAUAUUUUAAAAAAAGAUUUACUGAUCAUCAUAUUCAUUCUGAAAUAGAAAAUGGACGUAUGUUUUGUAAAGCACCAUGUCAAUAUAUACUCGAUCUAUUUUUUCGACCUGGAACAAAAAAAGGUUUUUGUUAUAAUUUAAUAUUUUCGUUUAAAUAA